CGGUAAAGAGGAGAAGCCGACACUCGCUGGCGUGCACCACAAGACCCGGAAGCGGAAUAUAGCGGUGCCCUUGGACCCCGGGGCGUUCGCCAAUGAGGUGAUCCGCAUCUUCGGCGAGGCGUGGAAGGAGGGCUGCAGCGUGCAGGAGCACCUGGACGCCGGCGUCAAGGUCCUGGAGACGUCCGACCUCAACUUCAACAGAUAUGGCGACACACUGUUCGAGGUGCUCUUCGCGGGGGGCCGCAUGGCGGCCGGCGCCUCGCUGGCGCAGGACGCCGGAGAGAAGUUCAACGCCCACCUCUUUGCAGCUGCGGCCGAGCGGGAGGCCAUCUACCCUUACAUCAAGAUGUUCCAGACACUGGUUAGGCGACGACCCUUCCUGAUACGCAGCCUGGAGAGGAUCGCUGUGAAGCUCCUCAAGUCAUUGGAGUUCUUCGAUGAAGAAGGGAGGAAGAAGCUAGCCAUUGCCACAUCCCUGAUGUUCUCACCGGAGAUCAAGCUGGGGUUGCUCCCAGACAACACCCUCACUGCACUGCUGAACGACCGGCUCGUGCAAAAGGGGACUGUGCUGGAAUUCUCGACCGCCUUUUUCAAGGAGUACUUGUCUGAGCACACCUUGGAUGACCUGGUGAGCGUGCUGACAAAAGCAAAGCUGGCAAACCGCCUGUUGGACCUAAUGCCGCCGCAGACGCGUACCAUCAAGGAGUUUGGCCAGCAUUUUACGGCGUGUGGCCUGGAGGGCUUGGUGGAAUGGCACAGGAAGAAGGUCAUCGACCUGAAGCUGGGUGAGCUGAAGGAGGGCCUGUCCUCCAAGAUGGAUGAGUAUGAGCCUGCAGAGUUGCUGGAGUAUGUGAAGGGGCAGGUGGAUGAGGGAGAGCUCCCACCCGCUGAUGUACUCAAGGUCCUGUGGGCAGUGCUCAUUGGCGCUGUGAACAUGACAGGCAAGAACCAGCAGCAGAUCGCCCAGGCCCUGGCAAGACAGAUCCGCACCCACAAGAAGCUGCUGGCGGUGUACUGCACCACCGCUCGUGUAGAGGCUUCCCUGCUCGUCACUGUUCAGGUGUACUGCUACGAGGACAGCCGCCUGCUGAAGAUAUUCUCGGACAUCGUGCGCAUCCUGUAUGAUGCAUCCAUCGUGAAGGAGGACACAAUUCUUUAUUGGUACCGCAAGGGCAGCCACCAAAAGGGACGCAACGUGUUCCUUAAGGACAUCGAGCCCUUCAUCAAAUGGCUGGAAGAGGCGGAUGAGGAAGACGACGACGAGGAGGACGACGACGAUGACGACGAGGACUGA